AUGGCGGGAACUUCUGUGGUCAGAGGCCAGAGCAAAGUCCUUGGAUGUAGCCGUCUUGGGCUCCAAGGCUCCCAGGACCCUGAUAAUGCAUUGGCCAUGCAGAGCCUGAGGCUGAAGGGGGUUGGGGGCUCCGGCUGCCCAGUGGGCUCAGGCCCAGAGCCCAGAGCAACCAGCACAAUAGCGUCCAACAGCUGGAAUGCCAGCAGCAGCCCCGGGGAGGCCCGGGAGGAUGGGCCCGAGGGCCUGGACAAGGGGCUGGACAACGACGCGGAGGGUGUGUGGAGCCCCGACAUCGAGCAGAGCUUCCAGGAGGCCCUGGCCAUCUACCCGCCCUGCGGCCGCCGCAAGAUCAUCCUGUCAGACGAGGGCAAGAUGUUUCAGGGUGACUCAGUGGACACAGGAAACUGGGUGUCCAGCCACAUACAGGUUCUAGCUCGGAAGAAGGUGCGGGAGUACCAGGUUGGCAUCAAGGCCAUGAACCUGGACCAGGUCUCCAAGGACAAAGCCCUCCAGAGCAUGGCAUCCAUGUCAUCCGCCCAGAUUGUCUCCGCCAGCGUCCUACAGAACAAGUUCAGCCCACCCUCCCCUCUGCCCCAGGCCGUCUUCUCCACUUCCUCACGGUUCUGGAGCAGCCCCCCUCUCCUGGGACAGCAGCCUGGACCCUCUCAGGACAUCAAGCCCUUUGCACAACCAGCCUACCCCAUCCAGCCGCCCCUGCCGCCAACGCUCAGCAGUUACGAGCCCCUGACCCCGCUCCCCCCAGCUGCUGCCUCUGUGCCCGUGUGGCAGGACCGCACCAUCGCUUCCUCCCGGCUGCGGCUCCUCGAGUAUUCUGCCUUCAUGGAGGUGCAGCGAGACCCCGACACGUACAGCAAACACCUAUUUGUGCACAUCGGCCAGACGAACCCUGCCUUUUCGGACCCGCCUCUGGAGGCCGUCGACGUGCGUCAGAUCUAUGACAAGUUCCCAGAGAAAAAAGGGGGACUGAAGGAACUCUAUGAGAAGGGGCCCCCUAAUGCCUUCUUCCUUGUCAAGUUCUGGGCCGACCUCAACAGCACCAUCCAGGAGGGCCCAGGAGCCUUCUACGGGGUCAGCUCCCAGUAUAGCUCGGCCGAUAGCAUGACCAUCAGCGUCUCCACCAAGGUGUGCUCCUUUGGCAAGCAAGUGGUGGAGAAGGUGGAGACGGAGUAUGCCAGGCUGGAGAACGGGCGCUUCGUGUACCGCAUCCACCGCUCCCCCAUGUGCGAGUACAUGAUCAAUUUCAUCCACAAGCUGAAGCACCUGCCGGAGAAGUACAUGAUGAACAGCGUCCUGGAGAACUUCACCAUCCUGCAGGUGGUCACGAGCCGGGACUCCCAGGAGACCCUGCUUGUCAUUGCUUUCGUCUUCGAAGUCUCCACCAGCGAGCACGGGGCCCAGCACCAUGUCUACAAACUCGUCAAAGACUAG